CUUUGGGUCACAUGACGCGAGGAAGAACCCGGAAACGAGAGCAAAAACAAACAUAUUAGCAGCAACGGGCUAGCAAAGCUAACGCUAGGAGAAAUAAUUCAGACAAGUGUGUUUUUAGCUGUUGGCCUGGGAGGUGGUUUUUUCCACAUAUGUUACAGAAGUUGUGAUGAUGUGACCAAACAACACCGAGAAGACAUUUUACCGUAACUGCUGUCUAUCGUCUGCUAACGCCCUUUAGCUCAUGCUAAUCAUCUACGCGUUGUUGUUUUCCUGUAAAUUUCAAGAUUCAGAUAAGAAGACAACAACGUGGUUGGUUUAAUCGAUUAUUGAUAUGUCUGAAAAUCAAGAGACUCAGGUAGAUUAACCUUAAGAACUGGAACUAACUGGAUUUCUAGGACACAACGGUCAGUCACUUGGAACUAAAGACCUGUCAGGAUGGUGCACGGCGGAGUGUGGUGUGUGGUAUCACCACUGACCGUACCGACGCUGGUCCUCUUCAGCGUCCUGACACUUUCACCCACACACGCCUACAUCUAUGCACAUUACAGCAAUACGACCUCCAUGCUGUUUGAAGACCUACCAGCCUUGUUUGGAAAUCCAGUCCCCAAGGACGGCCUCAUGGGAGUUCUGGUGGUGUCACGUCCACUCAACGGCUGCACACCGAUCGACCCGCCUCCUCCACUGCCGCCGUCGUUUGAUCCGAACAUCACCAAAUCCAUCGUUCUCAUCAGACGCUACGACUGCAACUUUGAUAUAAAGGUGCUGAAUGCCCAGCAGGCAGGAUACGACGCUGCCAUCAUCCACAACAUGUACUCUGACACUCUGCUCAACAUGAACUACAGCAACGAAACCAUCGCGGACGAGAUUGAAAUCCCUUCGGUCUUCACCAGCUUCUACGCUUCUCAGGUUUUCAGAAAGUUCAUCAUCCCAGAACAAGGGACGUACGUGAUCCUGAAGCCGGAGUUUUCUUUCCCUCUCACCUACUACCUUAUUCCCUUCACUGGGGUAGUUGGCAUGAUCAUCCUUGUGAUGAGUGUCGUCCUGAUCAUACGUUGUGUGAGGUACAGAAAAAGGCUCCGGAAAAAUCGUUUGUCCAAAGAGCAGCUGAAGCGCAUUCCCGUCCACAGGUUCAGUAAAGGCGACGACUACGAUCUGUGUGCCAUAUGUUUGGAUGAGUACGAGGAAGGAGAGAAGCUGCGAGUUCUGCCCUGUUCACACGCCUAUCACUGCAAGUGUGUCGACCCGUGGCUCACGAAGACCAAGAAGACGUGUCCCGUGUGCAAACAACGCGUCACUCAAAACCAAGCCGACCAGUCGGAGUCCGAGUCUGAGGUGGAGGCUGGGGGACGGGGGGAGGAGGAAGGGUCCGAGGGAGAGCCCGACUCGGAGCGCACCCCUCUGCUGCGGCCCUCCAACCCCGCCUCGCCCUCGGGCAGCCCGGGAGCCUACUCCGCCACCACCACCACCACCACCGCCCAGUGCCUGGUCUCCCCUCCCGUCUGCGACUCCCCUGUCCUGGAGUACGAAGGCUACUACUCCCCCCAGGAGGACAUGGACUCAGAGAGCGACGACACGGUAGACUACAGUCAUCAGACCGAGGACGACACCGCGCAGCUCCUCGGCAGGAACGCGGCACAGGUGUGAGCGCAGCAACAAACACUAACUGCUCUGUGACCACUUUGGUUUUUUUUCUUCUUUUUAUUAUUAUUUUUUUUAAGUCACAGAUUUUUCUUUUAGACACAACAACAUACUGUUAUCACCGCGACAUUUAUGAUGAUUUUAAAAUAGUUUGUAAGUUUGUGAUUCACUAGACUUCAGGCACCUUAAUAACAGGACUAACAGCCGUCAGUGACUGACGUGGUGUCGGUGUGAAACAACAGCCGCUCCUGGACAAACAGUCGCUUCACUUGAUUUUAAACUUCAAUGUCGUAAUGAAGAAGUUGAUCAAUUUAUUGACCCGCGGACGCCGAGCAGCAAACUCAAAGUCCAAUCGUGAGGUCAAAGGUCAACAAAAUUUACAAAAAGUAAAUAGUUUUAGACUUGAAUCUUUUCAGAUUUUUUUUAUUACAAUAGUUACUUUGUUUAGUUGUUUUGAAUGACUAACGGUUCAGUUUUUAUUCUUUUAAUUUCAAUUUCACAGCUUUUUCAUUCUUUUAAUACUCUCUAAUUUUCUCUCUAAUUCCAUAUUAACCUGUGACACCUGUGACUCACGUUUCCGCUGCUUCCACGUUCAGAUUCUCACUCUGUUGUUACUGUUGUUGCUCCGGCUCCGUCGGUCAGAGAGGAUGCGUUUGGAUUUGUCUGAGCUGAGAGGUUGAAACUGAGGUUUCAGGUUUAAAGGGGCAUUGGAGUUUUUUUUUUCUUCACUUAUUUUGAAUUCAUAACGUUGCUGUCACUGAACAAAUCCAGAUUUUUCUGCACAGCAAGAGAAGGAAACAAGUUGUAGGACCAUGUGUCGGAAGAGAAAACUGUGGAGUGUUGUAAGGUUUCUGUAAAUGUAAAUGUUUAGGAGUCGAAGGGAAAAACGAAACGCUCCAAAAAAGUUUUUUUUUUUUCUGCUCUAAAGAGAAAACCAAAAGUUCGUUUUUUUUUCCUUUACAUUAAAUACAAUGUGUGUUUAAGACAAACCAUGAGAUCCAGGACUGGAAGUCAGCCAAUCACAUUCUUGUAUUUAGUUGUUCUGAUCAUCUUCUCAAACUCUCACAAGUUUUUUUGUUCUCACUGAGAAAAAAAAAGAUGAAUAUAAAAAUCUGUUAUUGAUAACUGAGGUAUUUUAAAAAAAGGUUUCCUACAAAAACAUGUUUUUUUGUUCAGGUUUUCUGGAGUCGUUUGUCUUUUUCACUGCCGUCUGAUGUUGGAAUUCUGAAGAUAAGAUUAAAAAAAAACUGUAAUCAUUAUUUUCCAGCAAUAACUGAUAUAAUAAUAUAGAACUGCUGUUUGUUUUUGUUGUUUUUCCUUCUGACUUUUCGUUCACUGAAACAAAUGGAAACCAAUGUAACAGCUGAGUUUCCCACGUGUCAUUAUAGUAAUAGAUGUACAGUGUCAAACCUAAUGCUGAUGAAUUAACACCGGUGUGAAGAGGAAGUGGGACUGUGGUGCCAUUAGUAGGAGAAUCAAUAACACUGUCUUUAAGUAGCUUCUCAUACACAAAACUAUUUAUAAUAAACUGAAGAAAAGUC